UUGUAUCUCUUUGAGUCACUUCUUCCUAUUAAUUUGAUUCCCCACCACCACCCCUCCUGCUACUUCAUUUUAUUAACCUCUCUCUCUCUUCUUUCUUCACAAAUUCCACCACCCUUUUGCUCAUACUCCAUUGCAUAAACUUGGAGUAGACAUGGGAAGGCAUUCUUGCUGCUACAAGCAAAAGCUGAGGAAGGGCCUGUGGUCUCCUGAAGAAGAUGAGAAGCUUCUGAAUUAUAUUACCAAGCAUGGACAUGGAUGUUGGAGUUCAGUCCCCAGGCUUGCAGGUCUUCAAAGAUGUGGGAAGAGUUGCAGGCUGAGAUGGAUUAAUUAUCUGAGACCUGAUUUGAAGAGAGGAGCAUUUUCACUUGAGGAAGAGAAUUUGAUAAUUGAACUGCAUGCAGUGCUUGGAAACAGAUGGUCUCAGAUUGCAGCUCAGUUGCCAGGGAGAACUGAUAAUGAGAUUAAGAAUUUAUGGAACUCUAGCAUUAAGAAGAAGCUGAGACAAAAAGGCAUUGACCCCAACACUCACAAGCCUCUCUCUGAGGUUGAGAAUGAUCCAGAAAAGAAAUUUACAAGCAAUGACAAAACCUCUGAAGAUUACUGCAAUGAGCCUGCAGACUUGAAACCUCCUCCUUUUUCUUCAGAAAGACACUACCCUCCAGAAGUUUCUUUGAAUAUGAUCAGCAACAGCAGCAGCAGCAACAACUUGUCUACUAAUCCUCAAACUCAGGAAUUUUUUCUGGAUAGAUUUGGCGGUGCCUCCAACGAUACUGCUACCAGAAGUUGCAGGCCGGAUUUGGUAGGUUAUUUCCCUUUCCAGAAGAUGAAUUAUGGACCUAAUAUUGGCUUGUCAGUUAACGUGAAUUCAUCGAUCUGCUUCAACCAGAAUUCCUCCUCUUCUGAUCAGAUGAUUUCCGAGUUUAAUUCUGAUAUGACACAAACCAGUCUCUCUUCCAUUUCAGCUUCAAUGUUCCAAACUCCAAUUCACGUAAAGCCUUCCAUUAGUCUUCCUUCUGAGAAUCCUCCUAGUGAUAUCAAUGGAGUCCAAAACUGGGAAGCUAGUUGCUUCAGUAACCAUUGCAGCACCAGCAAUGGAAGCACUAGUAAUAGCAUUGAAUUGCAAAGCAACAAUUCUUUCUUUGAGAGUAACACCGCUGCUUUUUCGUGGGGACUAACAGACUCUGGAAAAUCUGGUGAUCAAGAAGACAUCAAAUGGUCUGAAUAUUUCAACACACCAUUCUUCCUUGGGAGCACAAUACAAAGCCAAAUCCCUCAGCCUGUGUACAGUGAAGUUAAACCAGAAGCACCCUUAAUACCAGAUGGAUCAAGUACCAGUUGGCAUCAGAACCAACAUCAACAAACUUCACAGGCUUCAUAUAUGCAUACUAAAGAUCUACAGAGACUUUCUGUGGCUUUUGGACAAACCCUUUAGCUUGUAAAUUGCUCUUGUAUUUAGCAGCUUCAGAGUCUAAUAGGGGGAGGGAAGAAAGGAUUACACAACUUUUUUCUUCUUUUUUUUUUUUUUUUUCUGAUGGAUUGUAAAAGGUGUCUUCUUGUUACAGGUGUGUGCCAUAGAAUUUUCUUUUGAUUUUGUAAAUUUUUUAUACAAAAAUCUUCCAUAUUUGUGAUUGAAUAUCAAGAAUAAGUCUCUUUUUUU